UGUCACAAGCCACAUUAGCACACAUACAUGCAUGCAGGGACUUCGCUGGCUUCCCUAACAAAAAUGCCCCCAAAUGCAGGAGACUCAGCAUUGCUUUGCUCGGCAAGGAUUUCCUCAGUUUCAGUUAGAGGCUAAGGAAUGUCUCCACUAACUGUCUCCAGAUGUGCCUACUUGGCAACCCACUGAUGAAACGUUGCUGAGGGGACACAGGAUCUACACUAUCAAAUUGGAUAUGGACGUGGGUUUUGAGCAGCUCACCAGGCACAGCUUUUAACACUCCUUACAAGAAGUGUGGAGACAAUGAGAGUUCAGCUCAAAGGGGAUGCGAUCUGCACCCUUUUCCUGGUGGUAGUGCUUUGCUCUUUACUCUAUUCCCAGUUGGAGCGUACUUCCCCAACAGGAAACAAGGAGCAAACGCACAAGAAACCUUCGCCAACGCAGAGGAUCUUCCCAGGCCCCGAAGCCCCCAAGUGGCAUCCUCAAGCGGAGGUGACAUUUGGCCGACCCAGAAUCAUUUCUAUCGCUAAAGAUGCAGAGGUGGCAAGUAAAAAGGCUCAAACUACCACUUCCCCACCGCUGGCUCAUUCUGCCUUCGACUUCAAGCGCUACCUUCUAAACAAGGACAAUCGGAACUUUGAUCUUCUCAUUAACCAGCCCAAGAAAUGCCUGAGAACACCCGAAGGUCCCUUCCUGCUCAUAGCCAUCAAAUCAGUAGUUGAGGACUUUGACAGACGCGAGAUCGUCCGUAAGACCUGGGGCAAGGAGGGUUUGGUGAAUGGGGUGCAGGUUCAAAGAGUUUUCCUCCUGGGAAUACCAAAGAAUAAGACGGCACUUGCAACAUGGGAUAUUCUUGUCCAUCAGGAGAGUCUGAUGUACCAGGACAUUUUACUCUGGGACUUUCUGGAUACUUUCUUCAAUCUGACCCUGAAAGAGAUCCACUUCCUGAACUGGGCUGACAAGUUUUGUUCCAGUGUGAAGUUCAUUUUUAAAGGGGAUGCUGAUGUUUUUGUCAAUGUGGAGAACAUCAUUGACUUCCUCGAGAGACAUGACCCUGCAGAAGACCUCUUUGUUGGGGACAUCAUCUACAAUGCUCACCCAAUCCGGGUGCAGAAGAGUAAAUACUACAUCCCAGAAACGAUGUACGGGCUAGGCACCUACCCACUCUAUGCAGGGGGAGGGGGCUUCUUAUUGUCCAGCAGCACCAUGAAAAAGCUCUUCCAGGCUUGCAAAGAGGUGGAGCUCUUCCCCAUUGAUGAUGUCUUUUUGGGUAUGUGCUUGCAGAGAAUCAAUCUCAAACCUGUUUUGCAUGAAGGAUUCAAGACGUUUGGCAUCGUGAAACCCUCAGCUGCCCCACACCUGCAGACGUUUGACCCCUGCUUUUACAAAGAUCUCAUGGUAGUCCACAGUCUAAAAGUAGCCGAAAUCUGGCUAAUGUGGAAUCUGCUUCACAGCCCACGGCUUUCCUGCACCCAGAAGAAGCGGGUGAAGAAGCCUUUCCAAUGGAAGAGGAAAAAACCUGAAGCAAUGACGGUCAGCAGCCUUCUAAUAAAGCAGGCUAAGCAUGGCAGAAGCAGGUGAUGAACCAAGCUCAGAAGAACCUUGGGGGGUUGCAACCCAACACGCUGAUUUAGCGCAUCUCGCGUAAACUAUUCGGAGACUAGGCCACCCUGUUGCAGAUGUUUGCCAGAAUUUCACGUCUGCACACACUAUAUGCAGUAGGAUUUUUCCCCUUAACCUGAUUCCAAGUAAUUCACAAAACUAGAUUUAAUUUAUUAUUAUUUAUUAGU